AUGCCGUCCAAGAAGAUCGUCAUCGCCUUCGACCUUUACGGGACACUCCUGUCCACGGAAUCCAUAGCCGAUGAGCUUGCCAAGGUCUAUGGAGACGACAAGUCAAAGUCGCUCGCUGCUCUGUGGCGACAGUACCAGCUGGAGUACACGUGGCGAAUCAACAGCAUGGGUGAAUACAAGACAUUCAGCGAGAUUACACGGAACGCCCUUGGGCAUGCGGUAGCAGAGCAUGGGUUGAAGCUUGAGGCGAAGGACGCGGAUGCCCUGAUGAAGUCUUACGACGCACUGCACGUCUUCCCAGAGAUCCCAUCGGCCCUGAAGCUACUGGAGGAGAACAGUGACUCGGUAGAGCCCUACAUCUUCUCAAACGGCACCGAUGAGAUGGUUGGCAACUCGGUCCAAACUUCGCCAGAUCUUGGGCCUCACGCAAAGCGGUUCAAGUCGUUGGUCACGGUCCACAGUCUGCAGUGUUUCAAGCCAGACAAGAGGACGUAUGCCCAUCUGGUCCAGCAGACUGGCAUGCAAGGACGUGAAGGCGAGGUGUGGGUUAUGAGUGGCAACCCUUUCGACAUUGUCGGUGCUAAGGCUGCAGGGCUGAGGGCUGCCUUCAUUGACAGGCCCCGCAAGGGUUGGAUCGAUCGCUUGGACGAGAAGCGCGCCCCUAAUGUUAUUGCGAAUGGGGUUGACGAAGCCGUCAAGAGCGUUCUGAAGUAUCAGUAA